CCUUACCGAGGGGGAAUAGUUGAUGCUGCUUCUCUCUCUCUCUCUCUCUCCGACUGCAAAGGCGCGAGCGUUUAGGGUUUAGGGUUUCAGUUGUGGAUUUAAUCGAAGUUUUCAAGAUACCAAUAUUACCCUCAUUUUUCUAAAAUGACAUUUUUACCCUCCACCUCACUCUUCUCCUUUCGCGUUCUUCAAACUGAAAAUUUGCGUUUUGGGUUUUCUCCUCCUCUGUCCACUGCAGCUUGUUCUUCUUUCUAUCAAACAAAAGCUGAUCUCUACUCUCUCUCUCUCCGACUUACAGAAGAUGGCAUGGAGGCAAAUGCUAUUCAACUCAAGAGCAAUUUUGGGACCAAAUUUAGCAACCGGAUCCGCCAGAUUCUCCACAAAAUCAAACCCAUACCUAGUCAAAGUUGGAAUACCAGAGUUUUUGAAUGGAAUUGGCAAUGGAGUGGAAUCCCAUGUGGCCAAGCUUGAAGCUGAGAUUGGUGACUUCCAAAAGCUGCUUGUCACUCGUACUCUCAAGUUGAAGAAACUUGGCGUCCCUUGCAAACAUAGGAAGCUGAUCUUGAAAUACACCCACAAGUAUAGAUUGGGACUCUGGAGACCUCUAGCUCAGGCGAUCAAAUCCUAGUUAGUUUUGGAGUAGUGUGUAGUUUACACAAAGAUUUUGUCUGCAGCAAAAUGUUACUAGCGGACACUCGAUGUAUGGAGCUGUGAAAGAAGAGAGUUUUUGUUUUCAUGAUAUUCUUUCUUCACCCUUAUUUAAGUUUCAUCAUGAAGUUCAACGGUAGUGUAUGAUGUACUGGAUUUAAUUGAGCAAUCUACCUUGGUACUUUCACCAGAACCCUUGUUUCAUA